AUUGUUUAGCCAUGUGGUUAUUAUCUAUAACUACUAGUUACUACUAAGUAUUGCUAAUACUUAAUUAUAUAAUGUGAUUAUAAUUUAUACUCUUCUUCUAUAAAAAUUAUAGAAUUUAGAAUUUAGUUUUCCAUUCAUAGUAUCAUGUCUGAUGAAACGAAUUCCGAAGUAGCUGUAGUUCCAACGGAAACGCCUACAACCACUGAAGAACCUAUAACUUUUAAAGAUUUAGGUGUAACAGAUGUAUUGUGUGAAACUUGCGAGUCUUUAAAAUGGAAAGAACCCACCAAAAUACAAAAAGAAGCUAUUCCUGUAGCGUUGCAAGGCAAAGACAUCAUCGGUCUUGCCGAAACAGGAUCAGGAAAGACUGGUGCAUUUGCUAUUCCUAUUUUACAAGCAUUGCUCGAAAAUCCUCAGCGAUAUUUUGCUCUCAUUUUAACACCGACUAGAGAACUUGCUUUUCAAAUAUCUGAGCAGAUAGAAGCUUUGGGAUCUAGUAUUGGUGUUAAAUGUGCAGUUAUCGUAGGAGGUAUGGAUAUGAUGGCACAAGCAUUGAUGUUGGCGAAAAAACCUCAUAUCAUAAUUGCUACUCCUGGUCGUUUAGUAGAUCAUCUCGAAAACACCAAAGGAUUUAGUCUACGUAGUUUAAAGAUUUUGGUUAUGGAUGAAGCCGAUCGCAUAUUGAAUAUGGAUUUUGAAGAAGAAGUAGAUAAAAUACUAAAAGUUAUUCCAAGAGAAAGACGUACUUUUCUGUUUUCUGCUACUAUGACAAAGAAAGUACAAAAACUACAUCGAGCAUCUCUUGUAGAUCCUGUUAGAGUUGAAGUAUCGACAAAAUUUCAAACUGUAGAACAGCUACAUCAAUAUUACUUAUUUAUUCCGGUUAAAUAUAAGGAUGUAUAUUUAGUACACAUAUUAAAUGAAAUGGCAGGAAACUCAUUUAUGGUGUUUAUGGCCACUUGUAAUGGAACUAUACGAGUGGCUUUGCUUCUUAGAAAUUUAGGACUGGAUGCUAUACCAUUGCACGGGCAAAUGACGCAAAACAAGCGGCUGGCUUCCUUGAAUAAGUUUAAAUCAAAAUCUAGAUCUAUACUUAUAUCUACCGAUGUCUCUAGUAGGGGUUUAGAUAUUCCUCACGUUGAUGUAGUAAUUAACUUUGACAUGCCAACUCACAGUAAAGACUAUAUUCAUAGAGUUGGUCGAACAGCUCGAGCUGGAAGAUCAGGAAAAGCCAUAACAUUUGUUACUCAGUAUGAUAUAGAAUUAUAUCAAAGAAUAGAACAGCUUAUUAGUAAAAAGUUACCACUCUAUCAAGUGGAAGAUGACGAAGUAAUGUGUUUACAAGAACGAGUAUCUGAAGCUCAGCGACUUGCUAAAAUGAAUAUGAAAGAUAUGGGUGACAAAAAAGGAAAGAGAGUACUCGACGAUGAUGAAGAAGGUGCUAUGGGAGUCAGGAAGAAGGUUAUUGGUAAACACAAAGCGAAGAAAUUUAAAAAGAAAUAAGACAAUUAUUAAAUUUUACAAUAAACUCCCAUGUAUUAUAUUUUAUAAAA